GGCGCUUUUAAAAGUAAGUUACUUCCAUUCAGCGGUUUGCUGAUCUAAAACUUGAUCUGUUUUGGAAAUGAAGAAUCAAGAGUUGAUAGAUGUGGUGUUCACUUGGUCUAUUGAUGAUGUACUCAAUAAAGAUCUUAUCAGGAACAAGGUUACCAAAAUCCCACAAAAAUUUUCAUCCUUAACCGAUUACACCAAAUCGUUUAUCGAUCCACUACUCGAAGAAACCCAUGCGCAGUUACUGUCCAGUAUGAACAUAAUCUCUAGAGCAUCUACUCGUGAGAUCAAGGUUAGAUCGGAAACAAAAAAUAUGAAGUUCCCUAAUUACCACUCGUAUACCAUAUCUUUGGAAAACAAGAGUAGAGGUGGAAAUUAUGAGCCUGAGGUGGGAGAUCUCAUUGUGUUGACAAAUGUAAAACCAAGAUGCAUUGAUGACCUCAAGCCUUAUGUCAUUGCUUUGGUCCAAUUUGUCAAUAAUGAAGAUCAUGGCACAUGCCAAGUUAUAUCAUCUAAGCCGAUACCGCUUUCUGGGGAACAAACACAUAAAUUCAUGCGGAUUGCAGUUCAUCUUAUGAACUUGACAACGAAUACGCGUAUCUGGCAAGCUUUGCACCCUAGUUUGGAUGGGAAUAAGAACAUGAAAAUGAUCAAUAAAGUGCUUCAAACUGACUCAGUGGUAAAAAUCCCUUUUCACAUACUUUAA